UUUAUAACAUGCUUCAAAUCCGAACAAGAUAUCAUUGAUCAUAUAUUCAUAUAUAUUGCAGAGUUUUAGUCCAUUUCCAUGGCACCAAACAGCCUCGGAAAUUCAUCGAAAAACAGCAUGGUCCAUCACAAACCCUCAAGACUCUCAUUUGAGAACCUCCAAAGAACAGUUUCAGACAUCUCAUUCCAACUCAAUGAACUUCUAACCAGAGAAGAAAAAGAAUCAGAAUCUGCUGCUUCUAAGGUACUUACUCUUCCCCCAGUAUCCGAAAUCGAAGAUGCCAAGUGCGAGUGCUGCGGUAUGUCCGAAGAAUUCACCCCAGAAUACAUAAAAAAAGUGCGCGAAAAAUUCUCGGGGAAAAUGAUUUGUGGGCUGUGUUCAGAAGCAGUGAAGGAAGAAAUGGAGAAAAACGGUGGAAAAAGAGAAGAAGCAUUGAAAGAGCACAUGAAUGCAUGUGUGAAAUUCAAUAGGGUUGGGAGAGCAUAUCCUGUACUGUUGCAAGCAAAAGCCAUGGGAGAAAUUCUGAAGAAAAAUAGGGCAAACUCCCUUAGUCCUAGAGAGAAGGGAGAGGGGGUCGGGCUGCAGAAGAAAGGUGGGAUUGCUAGGAGUUCAAGUUGUAUUCCAGCAAUUAUAAAGGAGAUCAAUACUGAUAAUAUGGUGAAGUGAGUUGCAGAAAGUCAUGUAUUGACAAGAGAGAUAGGGGGGGUUUGUGUCUUAAUUUGUUGGAUUACUUGUGCUGAUUAAUGGAGUUUUAGGGUAACUUAAAUAAUUAACUAAAGACCUUUUAUUUGUAGAGCGUAGUUCUUAGAUUAAUGUAUAAUUAAUCACUGUGUUAUAGUAUGAUUAUGAAUAUCUCUCUCUCUCGGUAUAACAAUGUGUAACAAAUCAAUGAUAUUUUCCCGAUGUUUAGGGAUUAUUUCUUUAUAGUUUGGUCCUGUAAUUAGUAUAAAUGUUUCCUUUCGUAGUUAUUUGUAACAAUUUUCUCUUGUAAAUCAUAAACCAAAAUAUAGUACAAAUUCUUGUAUUUCU